AUGAAUAUACAGCUAAAUAGCGAAAAUGUGAAUAAAUGGGUAUAUUCCACUUUUCAGUUGUCUUUACUCAUAAUUCUGUGGUCUCCAACCUGGCUGCUCGACUUCAUGGGCAACAUGGAUUUGCCAUCAGCAGAGUUUCGCAGUCUUCUAGUGCUCUACGCCAGCAUAAAUGCCAUCGUCUCAUUUCUCUAUGAGAAAGUUUUUGUGGAACGAUUCCUCCUUGAUUAUAUGGAAAGGUUGGCGAAGCGCCGUCUAGUUGAGACUGAGUAUCCAGAUGAGUUGCACUCGAAUGCUAAUGGUCCGCUCUAUGAGCGGAUUUUGUCCCGAAUUGGAGCCGAACCAUCGUGGCUGAUUCCACGACUGAGUAAUUGUAAGUAG